UGAACAAGUUAAUGGCUACGUUGGAGCGGAAAGAACGUUAUAUAGUUCACUAUAGAAAUUUAAAGCAGGCCAUCGCUAAUGGUCUGAUUGUGGAAAAGGUCCAUAGGGUGUUGGAAUUCCAACAGUCGGGAUGGCUUGCCAAAUAUAUCGAUCUUAAUACGGAGAUGAGAAAGAAGGCCGACAACACAUUUGAACGUGAUUUCUUUAAACUACUGAACAACGCUGUGUUCGGGAAAACUAUGGAAUGCGUUAGGAAUCGUAUUUCCAUAGAAUUGGUGUCCUGUCCCCGACGAAUGCGUAAACUCAUAAAUAAACCCACCUUCAAACACGUUACCACAUACACCGAGAAUCUGGCCGCCGUAUCCUUGCAAAUGAGUGACAUACAUUUCUCCAAACCUAUUUAA